GUGUGGACACAUUUCGCCCCAAAACAGACGCUGCAAAACGACGCCCAAAAAAAAAAGCGAGGAAAAAUCUCCAGAAAAAUCCUCGUUACAUUAGCCUUUGCUUUGCUUGCUCACUCUCGCCACGCCAAGAACGCACCGUGCCACCGCCAUGGCCACCUUCCUUGGGAGCUCGCCGGCCUUCCUCGCCCGCCCCGUCGCCGCCAAGCCGCACCUCUCCUGCGCGCAGUCGCCGCGCCCGCCCAGCGCCCAGCCGCCGCCGGAGCAGCAACCGCCGACGCCGACGCCGACGCAGCAGCAGUCCAUGCAAGCCCAGCCGCAGGCGAGGCCGAGGCGCGCGCCGGCGGCGGCGGCGUCCGGCGCGGACUCGACGGACUGGGUGGCGACGUCGCUGACGCGGCGGUUCGGCAUCGGCGCCGGGCUCGCGUGGGUCGGGUUCCUCGCCUUCGGCGUCGUCUCCGAGCAGCUCAAGACCCGCUUCGAGGUCGCGCAGCAGCUGGCCAACACCAAGGACGUGGAGCAAGAGCAGGAGGUCGUCCUUCCCAACGGAAUACGGUACUACGAGAUGCGAGUAGGCGGCGGCGACGUGCCGCGGCCGGGGGACCUGGUGGUGAUCGACCUGAAGGGGAGGGUGACCGGCGGCGAGGCGUUCGUGGACACGUUCGGCGACGGGAAGCGGCCGCUGGCGCUGGUGAUGGGGUCGAGGCCGUACACGAGGGGAAUGUGCGAGGGGGUGGAGUACGUGCUGCGGUCCAUGAGGGCCGGCGGCAAGCGGCGGGUGGUCGUCCCGCCGGCGCUCGGCUUCGGCGACGACGGCGCCGACUUCGGCGACGCCGCCGCGCAGGUCCCGCCCGGGGCCACGCUCGAGUACGUCGUGGAGGUCGACAAGGUGUCCAUCGCGCCGGCGUGAGCGUGAUCGACGCGACGUGUAGACUCCGUAUACGUAGCUGCUGCCUGGAGACAACCCCCUGCAGCGAAAAUCUCUCGAAAGGGUUUAAAACUUGCACAGCGAUUUCAUAUUUUGUUUGAAAGAGAAUGUUUUGAUUUUUGGCCCUAGUUUAAGUUCUAUUGUCUCUACAGCUAUUUGGCCGUCGUAUAUCUAGCGAGAGGAUGGCCUGUUUGCUCCAUUUUCAGUUAAAACUGCAGAGAUUAACAUAUACUUUCUGAUGUUUUUUUUUCAA